AUGUUAUUACGAAAUAACACUCUGAGGAUCAUCAACUCCAGUCGCUCUGACGAGGGGGACUAUGUAUGUCGAGCUGAGAAUCAGUUUGGUUCGGCUGAGAUGACGGCCAUGCUCCGGCAGUCCUCCACGGUGGACCUGAUGAUCAGAAGCAUCUUACUGCAGCAUGCUGGGAAAUACAGCUGCCGGGCUCAGACCAGCGCCGACACUUUGUUUGCUGAGGCUGAAGUCCUUGUCAGAGGCCCCCCAGGACCCCCUGGUGUGGUGAUAGUAGAAGAGAUCACGGACACUACAGCCACCCUGUCUUGGAGUGGAGGGGUGGACAACCACAGCCCCAUCAGCAGCUACAAUCUCCAGGCCCGGAGCCCUUUUUCCCUGGGCUGGCAGACCCUCAGGACAGACCCAGAGCCAGUGACAGGGGACAUGGAGUCAGCCAUGGCUGUGGAGCUCAACCCCUGGGUGGACUAUGAAUUCAGGGUGGUGGCCAGUAACGCUAUCGGGACAGGAGACCCCAGUGCCCCAUCCAGAGGGGUCCGGACUAAAGAAGCAGUCCCCUCGGUGGCCCCAGCUAACGUCAGUGGAGGGAACGGCCGCAGGCAUGAACUGGUCACCUCCUGGGAGGACAUGUGA